CUGUUCGUUCAGAUCUAUAGAAACCAGAAGAGAAAAGUUGGAUCAGAGACCUGGUGUUAAAUUAGAUCUUUUUGGUUCCCGUCUUCAGAGAGAGCGAAAGUUAAAGGUUAAGUAGUUGAAAAUUGAAAAGAAAAAAGAGCAGAUGGAGAUGGGGGAGAAGUCGGGGGCGGCGAACGAGGAGGAGAGUUUCCGGGAGCAAGACCGGUGGGUGCCGAUAGCGAACGUGGGGCGGAUCAUGAAGAAGACGCUGCCGGCGAACGCGAAGGUGUCGAAAGACGCGAAGGAGACAAUGCAGGAGUGCGUGUCGGAGUUCAUAGGGUUCGUGACGGGGGAGGCGUCGGAGAAGUGCCGGAAGGAGCGGCGGAAGACGGUGAACGGCGACGACAUCUGCUGGGCGAUGGCGGCGCUGGGAUUCGACGACUACGCGCCGCCGCUGAAGCGGUACUUGCAGAGAUAUAGAGAGCAGGAAGGGGAGCAGCGAGCAAAUCAAGAAAGAGGUAUUAGCAAUGAAGAAGUAGAAGCCGAUAAUACUAUUAAUAAUCAAUUCCAGGAACCUUCUUCUUCUUCUUCAUUCCAUACUAAAACUCCAUGGUAGAUAGAUAAUCAGAAGAUGAACAUUAAUUAAUCUCCAGGUGGAUGGAUAUAUGGGUUUUCUUUAGUUUCAUGAUUGAUUUAGAGGUCAAGAAUUUAUCAUUUGUGUAUUGUAUUUUGGUAAGAUUAUUGUGACGAAAUGAAGGCUAUCUAGGAAGGAUUUGCAGCUAUCCAAACCCACAACAGGUCAGUGAUUAAUCAAAGUAAUGUUGUAAUCUUAGUUUAA